CCGGUUUAUCCGAUUCCGGGACCGGUUUGGACCGGAAACCUUAGCAGUCCUCACCCUAAAAACUCCUCUCCUUUUUAGUUCUGUCGUUUUUCUUCCUCCCAAUCCCAGUCACAACUCCACCUCCUCCGACGAUGGCCAAACCCCCCUCCUCGGUCCCAGAACCCUUCUUCUCCUUCUCCUUCUCCUUCUCCUAAUCCCCAUCUCCUUCUUUCUCCACCGAUUCCCCCAUGGACCACCGCCGCGUCCCUCGCGCCGUGAUCGACCCCAAGGUUCGCCAGGUGCUGGUCGUCACCCCGCCGAUCCCCCGCCCGUCCCAUCCCCGCCCCGCACGCCUCCGCCGACGCCCUCCUCUCCGCCCCAUCCCCGUCCCAACCCCAACCCUAACCCUAACCCUAACCUCUCCCCUCCGCCGCCGCCGCCGCGACGCCGCCCUCGUCCCCGUCGGCAGCUACAACCCCUCCGAGCCCCUCCUCGGCACCCCGCCCAUGACGUCGCCGUCGAGCCGGGCCGACGCCGAUCUCAAUUUCUCCGACGAUGCGCCCUCCCCGCCAUGGAUCGGCAGGACCGGCGGCGGGAAGGUCGCUUCGUCGUUCCCCGGGAGUAGCGGGGAGAUGAUGGCGGCUGCGAAAAACUUACCGAAGAGCGACCUCACCACGGCUUCCGUGGUCAAGACUCUCCCCGGUGUUUCAGAAACGAAUAAAGGAGCUCUGGUCGAAAUGCAAGCAGAUGGAAUUGGUGCCACAGGGUCGCAAAAGCAGAAAACUACGAAAGCUGAGAGACGUGCCAUCCAAGAGGCCCAGCGUGCUGCAAAGGCUGCUGCGAAGGAGGCUGGUGGAGUCAAGAGCGCAGCUGCUUCUACUGGCGAGGUUCUUGCGGCCUCAAAACAGGCUAAGGCUGUAAAAUCUCCUUCACAGAAGAAAGACGGACCUCAGGUUACUGCUCCAGUCUCAUCUUCUGAGAAGAAGGUUGGUGAUCGCCUCCCUGAGAAAGAUAGAAAGAAAGAUGUACCUCACCCUCGCAUGCAAUUUGAUGAUAUAAAUCGGGUUGAAAAGGCAAAAAGACGUGCGGUUGUCAACCAAUCUGAAGCUCGAAAUAGAGUUGAGUUGUUCCGGCAUUUGCCUCAGUAUGAGCAUGGGACUCAGCUUCCAGAUCUUGAAGCAAAGUUCUUCCAUCUUGAUCCAUUGCAUCCGUCUGUCUACAAGGUUGGACUUCAAUAUUUAUCCGGUGAUAUUCAUGGUGGCAAUGCUCGUUGUAUAGCAAUGCUUCUUGCAUUCCGAGAGGCAAUAAAUGACUAUUCUACACCACCUAAAAAGUCACUCGUUCGAGAUUUGACUGCAAAAGUCAGUAGUUAUGUGUCAUUUCUCAUUGAAUGCAGGCCUCUUUCAAUUAGCAUGGGGAACGCUAUUAGAUUCUUAAAAAACAGAAUCGCCAAGUUACCACAUACCAUGUCAGAGUUAGAGGCAAAAUCUAGUCUUCAAUCUGAUAUUGAUCGUUUUAUAAACGAGAAAAUUGUACUUGCCGAUAAGAUUAUAGUGAGGCAUGCUUUUGCAAAGAUUAGAGACGGUGAUGUUCUGCUGACAUAUGGGUCAUCCUCUGUUGUUGAAAUGAUGUUAGUGUAUGCCCAUGAGCAAGGAAAGCAGUUCCGUGUUGUAAUAGUUGAUUCUCGUCCAAAGCUCGAAGGGCAGGCAUUACUCCAUAGGUUGGUGAAAAAGGGCCUCAACUGUACAUAUACGCAUAUAAAUGCUGUCUCGUAUAUCAUGCACGAAGUUACGCGAGUUUUUCUCGGAGCCUCUUCUAUCUUAUCAAACGGAACAGUUUACUCUAGAGUUGGAACAGCUUGUGUGGCUAUGGUUGCACAUUCAUUCCGUGUUCCUGUUUUAAUCUGCUGUGAGGCAUAUAAAUUUCACGAGAGAGUGCAGCUUGAUUCAAUAUGCUCUAAUGAACUCGGUGAUCCUGAUGUCAUUGCAAAGGUUUCAGGAAGGAAAGAUUUGAAUCACCUUAGUAAUUGCGUGGACAAUGAAAAUCUUCAGCUUCUAAAUCUUAUGUAUGAUGUAACCCCUUCUGACUAUGUAUCAAUGAUCAUCACAGAUUAUGGAAUGCUUCCACCGACCAGCGUUCCAGUUAUUGUACGGGAAUACCGAAGAGAACAGCUAUGGAUAUAGCGGCUUCAUUUUGGGUUGUUGAGUAACGAUUUGGUGUCUCUUUUAUUCUUAAGUGUGAUGUUUUUGGUGAUUUUUGGUUUCUUAGUGAGAUAUUAAUGAAUCUACAUCAAAAUUUUAGUUGACUCGAUAUCUUUUUAUGAGGUGCUCUUCAUUUUAUUUGUUUUAUUUCCCAGGAAAUGGCCCAUCGUUGUUUUGUUUGCUAACAUGACUCUGUGAAGAGUGUAAUACUGUGCCUCUCCAGAUAUUUUAAAGAUUUUUUUCACCUAGUGCAAUACAAGAAUUUUGGUGCUUGAGCCUUGAGGGCAAAUUGUA